AUGCGCUAUAUUAACGAUGCGCUGACGAAAAUACGUCUUUAUGUCAUCGCGCUCGCGCAGGCCGAUCGCGAUAUCGAGCUCUCGAUUCGUAUGGUAGGAAUUUGGGCGUGGAAGCUUCUGGCGGUGUUCGCCACGGUCGGAGUCAUCUUGCUCUCCGUUAGCUAUCUCCGGCUGCGGAGAUUUUUGUACCAAAUGAACCUGAUUAAAAGGAAGCCUAUCACCAAAAGGUAG